AUGGGUGUUGUAUCCGGCAGCAGGACUGGUGACACAGCGUGUGCUGUAUCCGGCAACAGGAUUGGUGGCUUGAUGGGUGUUGUAUCCGGCAGCAGGACUGGUGACACAGCGUGUACUGUAUCUGGCAACAGGAUUGGUGGCUUGAUGGGUGUUGUAUCCGGCAGCAGGACUGGUGACACAGCGUGUGCUGUAUCCGGCAACAGGAUUGGUGGCUUGAUGGGUUUUGAAUCUGGCAGCAGGACUGGUGACUUGAUGAGUGUUGUAUCCGGCAGCAGGACUGGUGACACAACGUGUGCUGUAUCGGGCAACAGGAUUGGUGGCUUGAUGGGUAUUGUAUCUGGCAACAGGAUUGGUGGCUUGAUGGGUUUUGUAUCUAUCAACAGGACUGGUGAUAAGAUGCAUGCUGUUGCAGGCAAUGGGGAUGGCGGAUGCUAUUCGUGUGGAGGUUGA